AUGCAUCAGAUCCUACGGACCUUGGUGUUGAUAUGCUGCCUUAACACGGUUUGUCCCUUCUGUCCGUCCCAGUGCUCUUGUGUUUUUCAUGGACGCAGCGAUGGGUCGGGAACCAGGUCUGUGCUAUGCAACGACCCCGACAUGUCCGACAUCCCUGUCAAUGUCCCUGUGGACACCAUCAAGCUCCGCGUGGAAAAGACCGCCAUUCGCCGGGUGCCGACGGAAGCGUUUUAUUAUUUGGCGGAGCUCCGCUACCUGUGGAUAACGUAUAACUCAAUCUCCUCGGUAGACACGGGAAGUUUCUACAAUCUGAAAGUUCUCCAUGAACUGAGGCUGGACGGCAACAUGAUUUCCGUGUUCCCGUGGGAAUCUCUCAAGGAGAUGCCCAUGUUGAGGACCUUGGACUUGCACAACAACAGGCUCACCGCUAUCCCUCCUGAGGCCAUUCCCUACCUGGUAAAGAUUACGUAUUUGGAUCUAUCCAGCAACAAACUAGCCACCCUGCCCUCGGACCUCAUGGAUAUCUGGCCCCCGUUCAACGGCGAGCCCGUCACUUCAAAUGCCUCUCAAAAGGUGGUGCUGGGCCUGCAAGACAACCCUUGGUUCUGUGACUGCAAAAUCUCCAAAAUGAUCGAAAUCUCCAAAAUGGCAGUCACACCCGUGGUUCUGAUGGACCUGUUCCUGACCUGCAGCGCCCCUGAAAACCUCUCAGGCGUCCUCUUUCAGCGCGCUGAACUCGACAACUGUGUCAAGCCUGUGGUCAUGACUUCAGCAACCAAGAUCACAUCCCCCUUGGGUAGUAACGUACUGCUACGAUGUGACGCCACGGGCUCCCCGACACCGAGCCUUUACUGGGCUAGGUCUGAUGGAUCGCUUGUCAACAACACAGUAGUGCAGGAGUCACCAGGGGACGGCAUCCGGUGGUCUAUUAUGAGCCUGCAUGGGAUCCUACACAAAGAUGCCGGGGAGUACAGCUGCAAAGCCAAGAAUGACGCAGGCACAGCAAUAGCAAAUAUAUCUCUGUCAGUGGCCGGCACCAUGAGCACCACAGUCUCUCAGUCGAAGCCCGAAGCCAAAACAGGUUCAACAGGCCCGGACUGGACAUUUGAUCCAGGAAUGGAUGCAGGUGUGUUGACCUCGACUUUACCCAUGGUCCAGACGACAGUGGUUGGCCUCCCUGCGAAACCAAAAACGACUCUCAGUGCCCAAAAGGGUUCGUUGAAGCCUGCAAAGAGCCAGCAAGGCAACGAUGGGCGGAAAUUUGUGUCCGAUGAAAAAAGUAAAAAGGGCGAAGUGUCAAAGACGAUCAAAGACUUGGAGAUUGUGGAAGAAACAUCUGACAGUGCGGUUUUGGUCUGGACAGCAGAGGGGCUACCAAAGGAUUCUCCUCUCACUGUCGUAUAUUCGCCUUACGGUGAAGAUGUUGAGGAUGACUACAAAAGAACUGUGGAGACCAAUGCAGGCAGUGGCAAAAUACUGCUGGAGGACCUCUCCCCUGGUAUUAGAUACUCUGUUUGCCUCAUAGCCAAAGGUACUGCCACUGGAAAGGACCCUUGCAUCGAUUUUUACACACAGGACAAUUUAGAGGAUGGCGGACAGAACCGUUUCUUCUUCAUCAUCAGCGGAAUUGCCUGCGCGUUGGCAUUGCCGCUCAUCGGCCUGCUGCUCUACAAGAUCUUCGACCUCUACAGCAAGACGAGCGAGUCAGCUCCAGACUCAGAGGAGCUCGAGAAGGAGAGCUAUGUCAAGUUUGAGACCAUCAAUAUGAAACAAAGGACCAUGAACCCUCACCCAACAGAGCUGUGGGCGAGGAGGCCCACCCACGAGUCAGAAAGGUUGCUGCUAUGUUCUCGCUCGAGUAUCGACUCCCAAAUGACCUAUAAGAGUGACAGUUCCCGGUCCGAGUAUCUCUGUUGA